AUGUUUUUUCCGACCAACGGUCUGUCAAGUGGCGGCGGCCUUCCGAAAUUGUUCGAGGUUUCGUUCAGUGGGAGAAGGCUUGUAAGCAUUGAGAGGUGGCUACAUAAGUUGGCUCAUGAGAACUUGACUUAUUUGGAUUUGGGAUUGUGCAGGGUGGUCGAUAACGAUGCGGUUGAAGCAAUUGGGCGACUAUGCACUCGUUUGAGCUAUUUGAAUUUAAAAUAUGCCGAGAUUUCGGACAAUGGUUUGAGAUUGUUGGCACAGGGAAGGUGCUCAAAAACCCUUAACACAUUGGUGCUUGCUCAAUGCUAUGAUAUAACAGACUCCGGGUUCUGUCAUUUGCAGAAUUUGCAAUGCUUGGAAGAGCUGGAUUUGGAAAGCUGCGGGUACCGAACUGGUGUCACUGAUAGUGGAGUUAUAGCUGCAGUUUCUGGUAAUCGAUCCCGCAAGAAGUUGAACUUGGGCAGGCUGACGAAUGUGUCGGACCAAAGCAUAGUGUUUGUUGCUGGGAAUUGCCCCAACUUAGAGAUUCUUGAUUUAAGUGGUUCCUAUGUAACUGGCGCCGGAGUUCGUGCAUUUUCUGGUCACAGGUGUCUGCAGUCUCUUGAUUUGCGCAUGUGUAGUGAAUUUAGGUUGUCCGAUAUCGAGCACAUGGUGCUUGGAUGCCAGUCACUCAAGUCUAUCGUCCUGUCUAAUAUGAUCAAAGAAACCAUUCCUGAAAGCCUUAGCAGAAUUGUGAAGUUUGCUGAUGAGUUGUGGCUUUGA